CUGAUGAACAAAUUCCUCUGAAAACAAUUUUACAGAGUAAUCCAGAAAGAACCACUCAAUCUUACAUUGUGUUGAGAGGACCAGCUGGGACUCAGGACUCACCUGUUCAAUAUAUAACAGCCAGAGUUCCCUUGUUCCCUCAAGCAAGUUUCCAGAUUCCUGUUACUGAUGGGCGUCAAACUUCAUCAAUCCAGCUUGUGACUUCCUCAGUUGAGACACCUACAGUGAUUGUCAGUAAACCAGGAACUUUUACUUCUUCUGCUCUGACGUCAAGUUUUAUUACUACCAGUGUUGCUCAACAAGAGAAGAGUUUACAACCUACAACUUCAGUUAUGUCAAGUACUUCACUUCGUCAAGGCCAGUUCUACAUUGCGGGAAAAGAUCUGAAUGAGGAGCGAGAGCAACAGCAACUACAACAGUUGCAUCCCUUACCUCAACAACACCAGCAGGUCCUUCAUAGAAAUACUCUCCAAGUUACUAAUGAAGAUAGCUCAAAAUCUGGUGAAGGGACUAACAGGACUAAUGAUACUAAGGAAGAGCAAGAUAAGGUCAUUUUUGCUAAUAGCAAUCUGGAGCACUCAGAAAGUCAUCAUUCUAGCGAAUUAGCAGACCCCUCUUCUCAUCCUGCCCCUGAAGUUAGUGCAAAUCAGGACACAACUACUUUUGUUCUUGCACCCACACCAGCUCAAUUGGGUAAAGCUCCCUUGCAAAGGAGGCAAUCUAUGGUGGUCACGUCAUCAAGCUCAAGUGUUCAGGGGAAUGGUGAAUUCCCCAAAAGUUCAUUUAGUAAUAAUCAAGUGACAUCUGCAACGGAAACAAGUACCACAGACUCAUCACCAGUCAUAAACACACCAUCCUCCGCUAUUCCGUCACCAGCCUGCAAGAAAAACUUCUUCCGGAAGAACUUUGAAGAUGGAAUGGAUAGGGUCUUAGAACAAGUUAAUUUUGAGGAAAAGUUUUCGUCACUUCCAAAGUUUAAACCAGAAGAGUGUCAGUCUCCUAGUGCAAUAUCUGUGACAUCCAGCCCAAUGUUUGUUCAAACCCUUCGUAAAAUCCAGAGACCUACUACAGUUGAAGAGACUGUAGAAUCAGACAUGUCUGUUCCUCCAACACCAAAAUCUGGGAAGCUCGUUGGAAAUACUUUCUUUGGCCCAGAUUUUAACCCGGAGGCUUUUAACAGAGGUACUGAGCUCAAUGAAGGUGUUGAGGGGAAUUCACCUAAAACACCUGGAGGUAGGGAUGCUGAAAAGGGACAUCGAAAAGUCCUAGAACAGAGACGUAAAUUAGUCAUGCAACUUUUCAAUGAACAUGGCCUUUUCCCGUCAACUGUUGCUACUAGUACAUUUCAAAUUGAACAUAAUGACUUGUUUCCAAAUAAAACCAGUCUUCAACUGAAAAUUCGUGAAGUGCGUCAGAAACUUAUGGCACAUAAUAACUCAUCAGGUGGGCCAUUGAACAGCCCAUUACCCUCCGGCUCAGAAUCUACCUGCACUACACCUGGUUCUUCCACUCUAACUCCUCAUCACAUCAACAACUCAUCCACCUCUCUGACUAUCCCUGCCUCUUCAAGCAGCUAACAAAACAAACUCAUCAAUUGACAAUGCUUGAUGGCCAUUUUUAUCUGCCUCGGGACCAAGCUCACUGUGUCCCCCGAAGGGCUGUCAUGGCAACAUCGGUCUGGGCAUUCACCCGACACCAACAGUAGUGACUGUUUUACAUUUGCCCUCCACUUGUUCUUUCAUAGUAGUAAGUUGUUUUUAUGUUUUAAUCCUUCAGUGGCAAUACAUGGACUGGUGCCAAUUCAGUUCUUUCCUUUGGACUUUUUCCUCCCAUUUUUUCUGUCAAAUUCUAGUAUGGUACCUUCUUGUUUUAGAAAAAUCUUAUUUUUAUCAUGAAAUAUUUAUUUAUUUGUUUGUGUUUUAAGAAACAUACUCUUUUAUUAAUUUUACUAUUAUGUAUGUUAAAUUCUUUGUCUAUUUGAAAUAAUUAAUUUUCCAAAACUAUGCAUGUUGUUUCCUGUUCAUAGUCAUCUCCGUUAAUUUUGCUCAUGCUCUUAACUCCUUCCCAAAAGAUGUGUGUGUACAUAAGUAAAUGCAAGAAUUUGGGUGAUGUAAGAGCACAUUCUACUUUUUUGAUCAAUGUCAAUGUGUAUCAGAAAUUUGUCUUUUCUUAUGAAAUAUUGUUUUUAAAAAUCUGAGGUGCUAUUGUUGAAAACCUCAAGAAAACAAAAGGGAGAUACUUGCUGGAAAUGUUACGUAAACAUGUUGGAUUCUUGCCAUUUAUGUAGUUUUGUUUACUCAAUGAUCGUAAUGAUAUCUGCUGUUCUUGCUGGUGUCACCUGUUGUGUUGUUCAUCAUGUAUUAAAUUGUUGUAAAAUGGUUAACUUCAGUAAUGUUAAUGUUUUGGGGAGAAGAAAAUGAUAGAAGUGAAUGUUAUUAUUUUCAUUUGUUAUUUAACAUAUUUAAGGUUUAAUCUUGCUGAUCUGUUUUUGUUCAAGUCAGAGUGCUGUUCCAUUUUUCACUAGGAAAAUGAAUACGACCUAUUGUAUCAUAUGUAUAUUUUAUUUUAUCUGCAUGUUUUAAUUAUUUCAAAUUUUUAUGUAUAAAUAUGAUAUGAAUUAUAAAUUGGUUUACUAUACCUUUGAGUGUUAUAUCACUCUGGUAUCUUUAAUUGAAAAUUUAAAAAAAGAGAACCAAUGUUAAAAGAAAAGAGUUAUAUAUAAAAGUGUUAUUUGUCUCAUGAGGAUAAAUGUAGCAAAAAGCUUGUUUUAUGUUAUAUUACCAGAAAGUGAUUGAUUGUUCAAUGUUAAUGUAUAGAUGAAACUUGUAAAAUUUGUUACUAUUACUUAUCUAGACUGACUGCUCUUAUUUUAAGAUAGCAGUAAUAUGUGUAAUCCACUGAAGUCUGCCAAUUCCACAAGCCACUUUAAACUAUGCAGGUAUGGGUGACCUCAAAAUUUUUGUUCUCUCGAGGGCAGAAACAAUAGUUUUUUUAACCUUAGAGUUGUUUUUUUUUUUUUUAAAUCUCCGAUAGAUAUUGUUCCGAAGAACUAACAGACCAGUGAAUUAAUUUAAUAGCUUGCAUUUCAACUGUAGCUCCUAGUUAAUUAUUUUUCUGCAAAACAGAUAUUCUUGAGUGGUUAUGCUUGGUUUAUGGUCCAACACCUGCGUCUGUUCUCCAUUGUACAGAAAUGUACUUUUGUGUCUGUGAUGACCAUGGCAUAUGUCAAAAUCCAUGUGAUGGUUAAGGAUUUUUUUAAAAGUAAUUAUUAUUAACAAUUUGUAAAUAGAAAUGUUAAAUGUGGCAUGGGGUAUCGGCAAUUUUUGGUUGAGCACUUAGUGUUUUAUUGUAAGAAUCUGCGAUUCAUAUAGAUUUUGACAGCAACACAGAUGUGUGGCACUGAUGCUAGAUAAUGAACACCUGAGAUUUGAUUUAUUUAGUAGGUAUAUUCAAAUGGAUACUUGUUCUCAUUUCUUUGUCUUAGAAAAUAUCAGGUUUAGUUUUGUGCCUUGAUUGUCACUAAUGACUUUUAGUUGUUGACUCAUUCAUUAUUGUUUCUUUUUUAUUAUGGCUCAUGUAUUUGUUGAAACAGAUCUCAUUUCAAUCCACUGCUACCUACUAUUGUAGUUCACUGAAAAUAGACUUUUGUGGAGGAGCCAUAUAAUGCACGGUGAUCAGCGAUAUUCUGAUCAUUAAAUCAAUGUUAAGCAGAUUCAGAAUUUGUUACGCUUCAGUCUGGUUCUGUUAAUUAAUUGAUCACCCAGCUGGCUGGACUUGUCAUAUUGCUGCAACUACCUAUCACUGUGCCUUAAAGGAUCAAUAAAUGGAAAUAUCCAUUCA